AGAAAGUCUAAUGGGGUUGGCGAGGGAGGAGGUAUUACAAGGCCUGUCCCACUUUCUAUCCCAUGAUUGCCCAGGCUGGUCUUGAACUCCUGGGCUCAAGCAAUCCAUCCUCCUCAAUCUCCCAAAGAAAGGCUUCCGGGAGGCGAAUCCAGUGGGGAAUGGAGCCAUCAGAACCACCACCAUGACAGUGGGCAAGAGCAGCAAGAUGCUGCAGCAUAUUGACUACAGGAUGCGGUGCAUCCUGCAGGACGGCCAGAUCUUCAUUGGCACCUUCAAGGCUUUUGACAAGCACAUGAAUUUGAUCCUCUGUGACUGUGAUGAGUUCAGGAAGAUCAAGCCAAAGAACUCCAAACAAGCUGAAAAGGAAGAGAAGCGAGUCCUUGGUCUGGCGUUGCUGCGAGGGGAGAACCUGGUCUCAAUGACAGGAGAGGGACCUCCUCCCAAAGAUACUGGUAUUGCCCAAGUACCACUUGCUGGAGCUGCCGGAGGUCCAGGGAUUGGCAGGGCUGCUGGCAGAGGAAUCCCAGCUGGGGUUCCCAUGCCCCAGGCUCCUGCAGGACUUGCUGGGCCAGGUCAUGGGGUUGGUGGGCCAUCUCAACAGGUGAUGACCCCGCAAGGAAGGGGCAUUGUUGCAGCCACUGCAGUUGCUGCCACAGCCAGUGUUGCCAGGGCCCCGACCCAGUACCCACCUGGCCAUGAUGGUCCUCCCCCUCCUAUAGGCCAAGGAGCACCCCCUCCAGGCAUGAUGGGCCAACCUCCUGGCAUUAGGCCUCCUAUGGGUCCCGCAAUGGGGAUCCCUCCUGGAAGAGGGACUCCAAUGGGCAUGCCUCAUCCAGGAAUGUGGCCUCCUCCCCCUGGGAUGCGAGGUCCCCCUCUCCCAGGAAUGUGCCCACCAAGGCCCUAGACUCAUCUUGGCCCUCCUCAGCUCCCUGCCUGUUUCCCGUAAGGCUGUACAUAGUCCUUUUAUUUCCUUGUGGCCUCUGAAACUGGUUUAUAAUAAACUCUGAAGAGAACAUUAAAAAAAAAAAAAA